AUGCUCACCGCUUCCAAUGCUCACCGCUUCCCAUGCUCACCGCUUCCCAUGCUCACCGCUUCCCAUGCUCACCGCUUCCCAUGCUCACCGCUUCCCAUGCUCACCGCUUCCCAUGCUCACCGCUUCCCAUGCUCACCGCUUCCCAUGCUCACCGCUUCCCAUGCUCACCGCUUCCCAUGCUCACCGCUUCCCAUGCUCACCGCUUCCAAUGCUCACCGCUUCCCAUGCUCACCGCUUCCAAUGCUCACCGCUUCCCAUGCUCACCGCUUCCCAUGCUCACCGCUUCCCAUGCUCACCGCUUCCCAUGCUCACCGCUUCCCAUGCUCACCCCUCUCUCCCUUCCCCUGCCGUCCGUCCGCCCACCAGGUGCGGCUGCUCUUGCGUCCAGGCAUGUUCCGCUUCACGUUUGUGCGCAACCCCUUCACGCGCGCCCUCUCCGCCUACCUCUCCAAGCUCGCCUACACCUCCUCCAUCACCGCCUCGCGCCGCGGCUCCACACAGUCGCCCAGGCAGCUCUGGGCCAAGGCGUUUUUCCGCCACGUGUGGCAGCAGUACGAGGAAGUGCGGGCGCCAGAGGGUCUGGUGACCUACCGCGCGUUCCUGAGGCUUGUGGGCGCACUCAUGCACGGCCACAGGGCCACCAUAAACCGCCACCUCUCGCCCCAGGUGGACAUAUGCAAUCUGAACGGAAUCAAGUACGACUAUGUGGGGCGCUUUGAGCACUUCAAGCCGGAAGCGGAGAGAAUGGCGGCUGAGUUUGGGGGGAAGCACCUGGAAGUGUUUGAAAUCGACCCCAGCUCGCAUGUUGUGACCAACAGGAGUGUCGUCAAGUACUAUAACGAGGUCAGUGCUUUGUGUUCCGUUUUCUGCCUCGCCUGCGGGGCGGACCUCGGCCUGUCAACGUCCGCGGUCUUUCCGCCCGCCGUCCGCUUCGACGCCGGGAAUCGCGGCUCCAUCUCCUUCGAGCGACGCAGCACCGAUGCGAAGCAGCUCGCUAUAGUCACAACCAUGGAGAGCCGCUGGGGGCCGUUCUUUGAGAGCACCAACUCGUUCGGGAUUCACCGCGACCGCACCAUCAUGCGCUGCCGAGCCUGCCAUGCCAGGCUCGGCACAGUCAUGGACGAUGGUCCGGGUGUUGGUAGGAUGCACUCUGGGUUCGGACCGAGCCAGUUUUCAGAGCGAGUGGGGCGUUAUAGGGUUUGGCGCAAGGCAGUAAUGUUCCAGGAAGGGGCGUGUGGGGAGGAAGGGGGGACGGUGGAGGGAAAGGGCGCAGUGAAGGGUUGA